AUGAAAGUCAAAUUUCGUACUGUUCUGCUUGUAUUUCUUUUCAUCAAGCUAUGCAUCCUUUUUACAGUACUCCAAGAAACAAUCGAAUCGUUAAACUCCAAUGACCAUCCUCUACUUUUUGGAACCGACGACAUCUGGCUUUUCGAUUGGAUGCAAGCGUCGGUUUCCAGUCUUUCGAUGUUGAUUGCCUUCUCUUUGAUAGCUUUUUUUGCCAUUGGUCAUACUCGGACUCGAAAGGGAUUCGUCGUGGUUGCAUUUGUGAUCAAUUUGAUUUUUGUGGUACCGUUCUACUUAUCAGGAAUUUAUUUGACAUUCCAAGACGAUCAUGGACUGAAACUAACAUCAGAAAUCAGUGAUAGCUUUCAGAAGAUUUUGGAUUUUGCUACAGUUCACAAUACAAAUUAUUCGAACCUAACCCCAACGUCUAACAAAACGAGUGCCAAAAGUUCAAGGAAUCAGACGAAUCCUCUUCCGAACGUCAAUCCGGAAAUGCUGAAACAUUUCCAAGUAGUCGACAAUAUUCAAAAAAGGUAUUGUUGUUGUGGAAUGAAUGGAGGCCAAGAUUAUGGUUUUGAAAAUGCGACAGUAGCGUCCACAGCCUUCAUUCCAUUCACUUCUAAGCUGGACAUCCGUUGCCCUCACAACUCUCACUUCAAGAAUUCGACUUGUGGAGCUACAUUCGAAAAAGGAUGUGAGGAUCGCCUGAAGAAUGUGUAUCCCACAAGAAUCCUUUUAUACUCUUGCAUUGGCACAGCAUUUUCUGUGAUCUUCGUUUUGAUCUCUCCACUGAUUUAUUCACAGUUUGAGUUGGAUCGAAGACGUGCUCGUGCAAAAUACAUUCGAGAAUGGAGACAUUCAUUGGAGACUUAUAUCAAUGAUCAUCGGAUGUGGGCACUCAGAAAAUCCAAAAACAAUCCAAUAGCCAAAAAAGAGGAAGUCAAGCAGAGUCCUGUUUCUCCAGCAGUUUCCGUCAAAACUCAAAGUCCGAAAUCAAAAGAAUCUGUGAAGAAGCAAGAGGAAAGCAAAUAA